CUGUGCAGAGUCUGACCGGUUUAGCCAAUGGGUGCGUUCACGGAGAUCGUUCUUAGAAGAUCAUUGGCUAAAUUAAUAUUUUGAUAUAUUUCAGGUGUCGUACAAUAGCAGUACCUGAAAUGUAACGUCUAUUUUAAUGGAUGACAUGCAUGAAACUUUCUUUGACCCAUUAGUUAACAAAAAACACACACAAUGUUUUUAACCCGUGUUAGUGCUGUAUAUGUUUUCUGUUACUAAUGUUAUCAGAAUAAAAAAACAGCGUGAAAAGAACGAAGAUCGCUCUUUAUUUCUGUUUCCCUAACCCUCAAAAAUGACAUUUUAAUGGGACACUUCAGUCAAGACGCGGUCUGAACUUCCAAGUGAGUGAGAUGCGGGAAUAUUCUGCUCAAACGCAUGGUCAUUUUAAUUUAUUUUGGGGUGAGAGUGAGACUGUCUAAAGUGACACCAAAAAAGUCACGAAAAAUGCGUGAUCCUUGCCAUGUGCAGCGACCGCAGUAAACAUUUUAAUGUGUCCGUACUGUUCUUUUUAACGGCUUUCAAAUACUUAAAAUUACUUCUGCUUUGGGUUCACCCCGGUCACAAGUGUGUGUUGUACUGCUAUUGAGUUCCGUUGUUUCAGAUCGGAAGAAAAACUAUGUAACACCGGCUGUGUGACAGCAGCCCCAGCCUGGAAAAAAGAGUGGAGGCAAAAAUCGAGGGUACAGUGAAAUAAAAAUAUAAAAUCAACAGAAACCAGUCGGAAUAAAAUCAAAUCAGCGAUGGAUGGCAAGCGACAUUUCUGAAAAGUGAAGCGCUCCGACCUCGAGCCCUGCAUUAUACUCACGCAGGCGGCUGAUCUUGCAUGAACUGAAGUGCCCCCCCCCCCCCCCCCCCUCGGUACAAUCCUCACUCCUGGGAUCGUCUUCACGUGCCCAUCGCCAUGCGGACCAACAAGGUUUACAAGCUCGUGAUUCACAAGAAGGGGUUCGGAGGCAGCGAUGACGAGUUGAUGAUGAACCCCAAGGUGUUUCCUCAGGUCAAGCUUGGGGAUAUUGUUGAGAUCGCACAUCCCAACGAUGAAUACAGUCCGCUCUUGCUGCAAGUAAAGUCUCUCAAGGAAGAUCUUCAGAAAGAGACCAUCAGCGUUGACCAGACCGUGGCCCAGGCGUUCAAACUAAGACCGUAUCAGGAUGUCUAUGUUAACGGAGUUCAUCCAGAGGAUGUGACCCUUGACCUCGUGGAGCUGACCUUUAAAGACCAGUACAUCGGCAGAGGAGACAUGUGGCGCCUAAAGCAGAGCCUGGUCAGCACGUGUGCCUACAUCACACAGAAAGUGGAGUUUGCUGGAAUCAGAGCGCAAGCUAGCGAGUUGUGGGUGAAAGGUGAAAAGGUGACAUGUGGCUACAUAAGUGAAGAGACCAGGGUUGUGUUCCGCUCCACCUCAGCCAUGGUCUAUAUCUUCAUCCAGAUGAGCUGUGAGAUGUGGGACUUCGACAUCUACGGCGAUCUGUAUUUUGAAAAAGCUGUCAAUGGCUUCCUGUCAGACCUGUUUGCUAAGUGGAAGGAUAAGAACUGCAGCCAUGAAGUGACGGUGGUCCUUUUCUCCAGGACCUUCUAUGAAGCAAAGACCACAGAGGAGUUCCCUGAGGCCCAUCGCUCCUCCAUUCGGCAGGAUCAUGAAGGCAGAUUCUAUGAGGAUUUUUACAGGGUUGUGGCUCAGAACGAGAGACGGGAGGAGUGGACAACGCUGCUAGUGACCAUUAAAAAGCUGUUUAUCCAGUACCCAGUACUGGUGCGACUCAAGGUAGCAGGUGGCUUUCCCAGCGGACACAACUCCACUGCAGCAGAAGGAAACUACUUGGAGGCCAUCAACCUCUCCUUUAACGUGUUUGAUAAGCAUUACAUCAACCGGAACUUCGACCGCACUGGCCAGAUGUCUGUGGUGAUCACGCCUGGGGUGGGCGUGUUCGAGGUGGACCGGCUCCUCAUGAUCCUCACCAAGCAGCGCAUGAUCGACAACGGGAUCGGCGUCGACCUGGUCUGCAUGGGGGAGCAACCUCUGCAUGCAGUCCCACUCUUCAAGCUACACAACCGCACUGUUCCCGGAGACUCGCGCCUGGGAGACGACUACAAUCUGCCUCACUGGAUAAACCACAGUUUCUACACGUCGAAGAGCCAGCAGUCUUGUAACUACUUCACCCCGAGAAUCAAGCUGGCUGGAAAGAAGGUCCCAGUUGAAAAAGGCAAAAAUGGCAAAGACCAGGCUCUCGCUGCUCCCAAGGAGUCGGAGAACAACCUCCCUAUCCAGGUGGAUUACGAUGCGUACGACGCCCAGGUGUUCAGACUGCCAGGCCCGUCUCGAGCACAGCGGAGCACCAACUUCAGGACGGUGCGUGAUCGGGAGGCCAGCACCCGGAAGAGCUCGAGCUCGUGUGACGUGUCGAGCAGCCCCCCCCAGCCCGGCAAGCCCCUGCCCCUGGAGGAGGUGCGCAGCCAGGCCUCCGACGACAGCCUGGGCAAGAUCUCCAACAUCCUGCUCAUCCCCCGGCUCCACCAGCACCAGUAUGAGGUCAGCAGCUCGCUGGGCUACACCAGCACACGAGAUAUCCUGGAGAGGAUGAUGGACGCUCAGACUCGAGACUCCAGCGCUCCGGGCCGGUUCCACGUGGGCAGUGCCGAGUCCAUGCUGCACGUGCGGCCGGGGGGCUACACCCCACAGCGCGCCCUCAUCAACCCCUUCGCCCCCUCGCGCAUGCCCAUGAAGCUCACCUCCAAUCGGAGGAGGUGGAUGCACACCUUCCCAGUGGGCCCCUCCGGAGAGGCAAUUCAGAUCCAUCACCAGACCCGGCAGAACAUGGCGGAGCUGCAGGGGAGCGACCUGCGAGACCCCACCCAGUCCUCCGCAGAGCUGCUGGAACUGGCCUAUCACGAAGCCACCGGCAGACGCACUGCCGUUCGUCAGCAGGUGGAGAGCGGCCCGUACCCGGGAUGUGGAGGGAUGGACGAGUUCACCAGCAGCCCAGCCAGCAGCCACAGCACCGGGACGCCUGUAAACCGGGGAUCCUCUUUCGAAGACUCGACGUCCAGCAGCCCUGACCCAAUUCUGAUGCUGUCUGCUCCCCCUGUAGUGCCCAGUUUCUGUUGCACAGUGGGGGUAGACUGGAAGUCUCUGACCACACCGGCCUGUCUACCCCUCACCACCGAUUACUUCCCGGACAGACAGAGCCUCCAGAACGACUACACCCAGGGCUGCUACGAUCUGCUCCCGGAGUCCAACCUCGACAGGAGAGAUGAGGAGGAGGCUCUGAUGACAGCCCAGCAGGUGUUUGAGGAGUUUAUCUGCCAGCGGCUCAUGCAGGGGUACCAGAUCAUCGUGCAGCCCAAGAACAAGAAGGCAGCCCCCUCCGCGGGACCCCCGCUCAGCAGCAGCCCGCUGUACACCCGAGGGCUGGUGUCCCGUAACAAGCCCGAGGAAGAGGAGGACCAGUACUGGCUGAGCAUGGGCCGGACCUUCCACAAGGUGUGCCUGAAGGACAAGAUCAUCACUGUCACCAGAUACCUGCCCAAGUACCCUUGCGAGUCGGCUCAGAUUCAGUACAGCUACAGCCUGUGCCCCUCGCACUCCAACGCAGAGUUCCUGCCCUGCUGGGUGGAGUUCUCUCACGAGAGGCUGGAGGAGUACAAGUGGAACUACCUGGACCAGUACAUCUGCUCAUCUGGCUCUGAGGACUUCAGCCUCAUCGACUCCCUGAAGUUCUGGCGCACGAGGUUCCUGCUGCUGCCCGCCUGCAUCACGGCCACGAAGCGCAUCAUGGAGGGAGAGGCCCGCUGCGACAUCUACGGGGAGCGCCCGCGCAGCGACGACGAGGAGUGGCAGCUGCUGGACGGCUUCAUCCGAUUCAUCGAGGGGCUGAACAGAAUCCGCCGCCGCCACCGAUCCGACAGGAUGAUCCGCAAGGGGGCUGCUAUCAAGGGUCUGCAGGUGACGGGUCCCAUCGCUGCGUACCCCUCGGAGCCCCCCGGACCGCCGCUAGGGAAGAAGGGCACAUCGGCGCUGUCUGCACUGCUGGAGAUGGAGGCCAAUCAGAAGAGCCUGGAGGAGUAUCAGGCAGCGAUGCUGUCAGCGAAGAGCUCUGCACAGCUGAGUGACACCGCGGGGGUUGCCAUGACACCCACCUACAUGGACAGCCCCAGGAAGGACGGAGCGUUCUUUCUGGAGUUCGUCCGCAGCCCUCGCAAUACCUCCAUCUACCACCCCCAGAUCUUGGCGGAUCAGUCGGCGGCCGCAGGCAAUGCAACGGAGAGCGGCGCUGCGGUCCAGUCAGGGGAGAGAUCCAGCUUGGCUGGGAGUGCGCAGAACUGCCAGAACACAGGGGAGCAGGGAGCAGCCUGGACCAGCGCCGGAGAGGGCAGCGCUCAGCCCUCUUCUGGAGUCUCCAGAUCACUGACGUCCUCUUCCACGCUGGCUGAGAUUUUGGAGGCCAUGAAGCAUCCAACCACUGGAGUCCAGCUUCUCCCUGAGCAGAAGGGCCUCCCUGCCCAUUGCUUCAUCAGUGCGGAGGUGGUGCACUGGCUGGUCAACAACGUGGAAGGAGUGCAUACACAGGCCAUGGCCAUCGAUAUAAUGCAGAAAAUGCUGGAUGACCAGGUGAUCGUGCACGCCUCCGGCGAGGCCAUGCGCACGUUUGUGUAUGGAUUCCACUUCUACAGGAUCGUCAUGGACAGAGACCCAGACAGAGUCCAGGGGAUCCAGCCGUCCACGAUCUGGUACACGGCUGCCAUGGAGGACUUCGCCCUGUUCCAGAGGAAGUGGUUUGAGGUGGCUUUUGUUCUGGAGGAGAGGCUGCACUCUGAAAUCCCCGUGUUCUUCCUGCCGUGGCUGCCCAGCCGGCCCGCGUCCUAUGCAAGUAGGCACAGUUCCUUCAGCCGCAGUUUCGGAGGACGGAGCCAGGCAGCUGCUUUAUUAGCCGCCACGGUGCCGGAGCAGAAGACCGUGACUCUGGACGUGGAUGUGAAUAACCGCAGCGACCGCAUGGAGUGGUGCAGCUGCUACUACCAUGGGAACUUCUCCCUGAGCGCUGCCUUCGAGGUGAAGCUGCACUGGAUGGCCGUCACGGCAGCUGUGCUCUUCGAGAUGGUCCAAGGCUGGCACCGGAAGGCCACCUCUUGCGGAUUCUUGCUGGUCCCGGUCCUCGAGGUGCCCUUCGCGCUGCCCAGCUACCUGUACGGGGACCCGCUGCGCGCCCAGCUCUUCAUCCCCCUCGCCAUCGGCUGCCUGGUCAAGGAGGGCAGCGAGCACCUGUUCGAGGGAUUCGAACCUGAAACAUACUGGGACAGAAUGCAGCUUUUCCAAGAGGCUAUUCUCUACAGAUUCGGUUUUGUGCAGGACAAGUUCUCGGCUUCUGCUUUCAACUUCCCCUCUGAGAACAAGCCUCAGUACAUCCAUGUGACAGGCACCGUGUUCCUGCAGCUGCCCUACUCCAAGAGGAAGUACAACACAGGGCAACAGAGGCGCAGACGCAACUCCACCAGCUCCUCCAACCAGAGCCUGUUCGGAGAGGAGAAGAUCGGCUACAACUGGGCGUACAACACCAUGCUGACCAAGACCUGGCGCUCCGGGGCCACCGGAGACGAGAGGCUGGCCGACCGGCUGCUCAGGGACUUCACCGACUUCUGCGCCAACAAGGACAACCGUCUCGUCAGCUUCUGGGAGAGCUGCCUGGAGAAGAUGAACGCCAGCGCCCCCUGAGAGAGGGAGGGAGGGAACGCGGGGGAGACAGGAGAUCAGGGAGAGAGAGAGAGAGGAGAGGAAUAAAGAGAGAUAGAGGGAUGGUGGGACAGAGACCUCAGGCAUUGCAUGAAUUAUGAUGAGGUUAUAAGGCUUUGCUUUAAACCGUGUAUGAUUGAUUGAAGGAGAGAUAGAGGAGGGGUAGAGACUGAGGGAGAGGGUCGGAAAGGAAGAGAGGAAGAAAUGGAGCAGGAGAGAGGUACCGGAGAAUCAGCACUGGUCACUGGGGAUGAAACUGGGAGAAGAACCAGCCCACCACCCCACCAACCCCAUCAGAGUCAAUAUCAUUUCUGUGAGACAAACGGGUUGUCCUACAGCCUGGACUCUGUUAAAAACAAUUUGCCAAAAAAACGUGUUUUCUGAAGGUAUGAGAACCGUCUAUAGCCCAGCCAUCCUCGCUGCAAUAGGCGGGGAGUUCAGCUGCUGAGGGAGUAACAGGAGGAGCGAUAGGUCUUGAUAGGACAAGUGUCAGUCUUGCAGCGUGUGCGUGUGCGUGUGCGUGUGCGUGUGUGGGGGGGUGGGCUUUGCUUCAUGCUUCAUGCCUCAUCCCUCCCACCCAGUUAGUGAUGCUCACACUUUUACAACUGGAAAUCAAUAAACCAUGUGCACUAUCCUCUAAAAUAAUGCCUCUAAUUUUAGAGCUUGCUAAUGAUUUACUUGGGCAUGUGCAGUAAGAAAUACUGCACCAGGAGCUGUGCUGUUGAUUUGUGAUUAUCAGAACUCAACCACCUGUAUGACGCAGAUAUGGUUUGACCGGUGUGGCUGUAUAAUGUGUUAUGAAUGAUGUCAUGAUAUCAAGUUGCCUGGAUAUUCACGUUGUGAGCGAUGCACUCAAUCAAACUGCAACUGCACUGCCUGUGUUCAAAGUGUCUCACGUGUCUUUAAUUCUUCAAAUAUACUGGCUCCCUGCAGAGGGCAGCACUGCUGUUUCAUGAA